GUACCAAACGUACUCUAAGGCCUAGCCUCCUCUCUGCGGCUGACAAUCGACUUGAGCAGCUUCACAAGCGACCACCACCAGCGUGAAGCAGUGCUGCUCCAUCUCCGCAUCUCCCCUCUCCCCCUCGUCGGCGUCGACCAGUUCAGCGACCAGUACCCUUGCCGUGAGUCUGUGACGCUGUCCUCUGUCCAGCGGCGACCACCGACCAGUACCCUCUCCCCUCGCCGUUGCUAUCAUUUUAAGCUUCGACAUGCGAUUGCUGCAUCCAUGGACUAAUCACUUCAAACUUCUUCUCUUGGCAUGUCAAGAAAAGGCUUCAAUUGCUAAGCUUCAUGCUUUGAUAAUCUUGGCUGGUACUUUCACCCAAAAUAACAUUGGUGGGCAGCUCAUAGCAUCUUAUGUACGUAUUGGUGAUAUCACAUCAGCCCGCCAAGUGUUCAACCAAAUGUCUCAACGAGGCAUUAAUGCAUGGAAUGCUAUGAUUGUUUCAUAUUCUCGUGAAGGAUACCAAGAUGAAGUUCUAAAUCUCUACCAUAGGAUGAUUUUGGAAGGAGUCAAACCUGACAGUUCCAUUUUUACAGUGGCGUUGAAGGCAUGUACUAGGUUGCUCGAUUUGAAAAUAGGGAAGGAGAUUUGGAGUGAAGCUGUGGAUUGUGGGUAUGGAAAUGAUGUCUUUGUUGAGUGUUCCGCAUUGAAUAUGUAUGCAAAGUGUGGGAAGAUGGAUGAAGCAAUGGAACUGUUCAAGAAAAUGCCAAGGAAGGAUUUAGUUUGCUGGACGACUAUGAUAUCUGGUUUUGCUCAGUGUGGAAGAGCAAUGGAAGCUCUUGAUGUUUACAGAAAAAUGCAAAAUGAGGGGAUGGAUGGAGAUGGGGUUGUCAUGCUGGGGUUGGUUCAAGCUAUUGCAAAUUUGGGUGACUCUAGAUUGGGUCUCUCAGUUCAUGGGUAUUUAAUUCGGCAAGACAUACCAAUGGAUGUUGUAAUCCAAACCAGUCUUGUAGAUAUGUAUGCUAAAACAGGACAUCUAGGACUUGCUUUUCAAGUAUUCUCAAUGAUGCCUAACAAAAAUAUCAUAUCUUGGGCUGCUUUGAUAUCAGGCUUAGCUCAAAAUGGUUUUGCGGGAAACACACUUGAAUUGUUAGUAGAGAUGCAAGGUCUAGGCUUUAAACCUGACUCUGUUUGUCUUGUAAGUGCACUUCUUGCUUGUUCACAAUUUGGUUGUCUCAAGUUGGGAAAAUCCAUCCAUGGAUACAUUAUAAAGAGACUAGAUUUUGAGCGAGUCUCUGGAACUGCAGUUAUUGAUAUGUAUUCUAAAUGUGGAUCACAUUCUUCUGCAAGUGCCCUUUUUGAUCAGAUAAGAUUUAAGGAUGUGGUUUCUUGGAAUGCGAUGAUUUCCACAUAUGGAAUCCAUGGGAAUGGGAAGGAAGCUCUAUCACUGUUCCAAAAGAUGAUAGAAUUAAACACAGAACCAAAUCAUGCAACUUUUACUGCUCUUUUUUCAGCUUUAAGCCACUCAGGCCUUGUGCAAGAAGGUCGGUACUGGUUUGAUCUCAUGAUCAAUAAAUUCAAGAUAACUGCAGAUGAGAAGCAUUAUGCUUGCAUGAUUGAUCUCCUUGCUCGUGCAGGCCAAGUUGAAGAGGCUCUAAAACUAAUAGAUUCCAUGAAAAUUGAACCUGCGGUUGCUGUAUGGGUUGCCCUACUUGGUGGUUGCUACAAGUAUGACAAAUUUUUUAUUGGAGAGAAGGUGGCAAAGAAGGUUCUUGAGUUGAAUCCAGAUGAUCCUGGAAUAUACACUUUGGUCUCUAAUUUCUUUGCCAAGGCGCGUAAAUGGGAUGAAGUGGCUGAAGUGAAGAAGAUCAUGAAUAUGUCUGGAGUGAAAAAGGUCCCUGGAUAUAGUGUGGUUGAGGUGAAUGGAAAGCAAGAUGCUUUUCUCAUGGAAGAUAGGAGCCACCAUCUUUAUAAAGAUAUUGUUUGUAUGUUGGAUAAUUUAGAUCUUGAAAUGAGAGUGGCAGGUUAUGUCACAUUUGACGAAUUUUUGCUGUUCGAUCUGCAAAGAGGAUACAAAUGAGAAAGCUUACAGUAAAUAAUACAGUUUGCUCUCAUGAGGUUUGGUACAAAA